AUGAACAGCCAAGAGGCAGAUCUUGGCAAAAUGGAGCUUCAGCACGAUGUCAUCAGCCAAAGUGGACAUUUGGAUGAAGCACCUUACCCAAAAACGUAUGUGAAGAAAAAAACCCUCCUGAAAUACAAAGUCAUCUGCGCUGUAAGUAGGUUCUGCCUGUGUGCUUUGGUGGUUGUAUCCCUGGGACUAGGUUUAGGACUAGGACUGAACCGUGGAGACCAGGAACAAGCUUGCAGGCACAAAUGCAAUGAGGAACAGAGGAAAGAUGUGCGUGGCUGCCAGUGCGACAGUGGCUGCAAGGAGCGUCAGGACUGCUGCUGGGACUAUGAGGACACUGCCCGAUCUUGGAGUUGCACUAAUUUCCGUUGUGGUGAAACACGGAUACCUGGAAGUUACUGUUCUUGUUCUGAUGAUUGCUUGCAGGAAAAAGACUGCUGGUGAAACUACCACAGUGUUUGCAAAUGUGAAAUGCCUUGGGUAGAAGAACCAUGUAUAUCACUGCAAACUCCUCAGUGUCCAGCUGGAUUCGAUCUGCCACCACUUAUCCUUUUUUCGAUGGAUGGGUUUAGAGCAGAAUACUUGCAAACAUGGAUUUCUUUGCUGCCAAAUAUUGAAAAACUCAAAACAUGUGGCACACAUUCAAAAUACAUGAGAGCUGUGUACCCCACAAAAACCUUUCCAAACCACUAUACUAUUGUCACAGGAUUGUAUCCAGAAUCUCAUGGUAUUAUUGAUAACAGCAUGUAUGAUGUAAACUUGAACAAGCAUUUCUCACUUUCGGGGACGGAAAAAUUCCAACCUUCGUGGUGGCAUGGGCAGCCAAUCUGGCUGACAGCAAUGUACCAAAACUUGAAAGCAGGCACCUACUUUUGGCCAGGCUCUGAUGCGAUUAAUGGAACGUACCCCACUUUGUAUAUAUACAAUGGUUCGGUUAGGUAUGAAGAGAGAAUUUCAGGAAUAUUGAAAUGGCUUGAUUAUCCCAAAUCUGAGAGGCCUGAUUUCUACACUUUAUAUAUUGAAGAACCAGAUUCUUCUGGACAUUCAUCUGGGCCAGUUAGUGCUGCUGUAAUCAAAGCCUUACAGCGAGCAGAUCAAGCACUAGGGAUGCUAAUGGAUGGACUUAAACAAAGAAACCUCCACAAAUGUGUAAACCUCAUUGUUUUAGCUGAUCAUGGGAUGGAGAUGACCUACUGCAGUCAGUUAGAAUAUAUGACUAAUUACUUCCAACAGAUUGAUUUCUACAUAUAUGCUGGGCCUGCAGCUCGCAUUAGAGCAAGGAAUGUUCCACAGGACUAUUUUACCUUUGACUCGGAAGGAAUCGUUAAAAACCUCACAUGCAAAAGAUCCCCUCAGCACUUCAAGCCUUACCUGACACCUGACUUGCCAAAACGAUUCCACUAUGCUAACAACAUUCGUAUUGAUAAAGUUCAUCUUGUGGUAGAUCGACAGUGGCUGGCUGUGAGGGAUGGAAGUUACACAUAUUGUGAUAGGGGCAACCAUGGCUAUAACAACGAAUUUAAAAGUAUGGAGGCGAUAUUCUUAGCAUAUGGCCCAAGCUUUAAGGAAAACACAGAAGUGGAUGCUUUUGAAAACAUUGAGGUUUACAACCUUAUGUGUGAUUUACUACAAAUUACACCAGCACCAAACAAUGGAACACAUGGCAGCUUGAACCACCUCUUAAAAAAACCUUUUUACAAUCCUACACAUGCAAAAGAAGACUCAUCUCCUUCUUCAUGUCCAGUUUCCCAUCUGACUCCGGCAGAUAAUCUGGGAUGCACAUGCAGUCCUAUGCUAAAUAUUUCAGAACUAAAUAAGAGGUUAAAUCUCACCACAGAAGAAAUGGAGAAGGCAAACUCAUAUCAUUUGCCAUACGGGAGACCCAGAGUUCUUCAGGACAAAAAUGUCUACUGCCUCCUUUCGCAUCAUCAGUAUGUGAGUGGAUACAGCUAUGAUAUCUGGAUGCCACUGUGGACUGCAUACACUGUGAAUAAGCCUGAAAACACAUCUCCUCUUCCUCCCACUGUUUCAGACUGUCUGCGGGCUGAUGUUAGAAUCCCUGUUGAUCGGAGCCAAAAUUGUUCCAAUUACCCAGAAGAGCUGGCCUUCACCCGCAGUUUCCUCUAUCCUCCCAACUUUAGUUCAUCUGAUCUUGAACAGUAUGAUGCCUUACUCACCAGCAAUAUUGUACCCAUGUAUAUAGCUUUCAGAGACAUAUGGGACUAUUUCCAUAAUGUGCUUCUUCUGGAGUAUGCCAGAGAAAGGAAUGGAGUAAAUGUUAUCAGUGGACCAGUGUUUGAUUACAAUUAUGAUGGCCAUUUUGAUACUCUUGAUGAAAUUAAACAGCAUGUAAACAACACAGAAAUCCCUGUCCCAACCCAUUACUUUGUGGUUCUGACUAGCUGCAAGAACAAGUCCUAUACACCACUGAACUGUUUAGGCUCCUUGGAUGCUUUGUCUUUUAUCAUUCCUCAUCGACCUGACAACUCUGAAAGCUGUGCUGAAAACAAGACAUUUUCCGAGUGGGUUGAAGAAAGACUACAGGUUCAUUCUGCACGUGUUCGGGAUGUGGAGCUCCUAACUGGGCUUGACUUUUACCAGGAACGAAAUGAACUCAUCUCUGAGAUCUUACAGCUAAAGACAUUUUUGCCAAUAUUUGAGACUGAAAUUAACUGAAUAUCUGUGGGAAAAAAAAGUGUCAAUGCUUGGAAGAAAGCAAAUUUAAGUGAUUUAACUUUUUCCCUGCUACAGCAUAUAAGAAACGUGACUACAGCUCUUCUAUAGGGAAACACACUUAGAGAGCUGAUUUCUUCUUUUCAAAUUUGUGUUUUGUUCCAACUGAAUAAAAAUUAUGUAAAUUAAAUCAUCAUUACUGAGCCAGGCUUUCAAAAGAGAAUAUUUUAUUUGUAGUGGUUUGAAAGCAACCUGCAAAAGAAACAUGUUUAGUAGCACAGAGAUCCCAGAAUUGUAAACUGUAUAGAUAAUACCUCUAUAAUGGAGCUCAAAAGCUCAAAAGAGAGGAGUAUGUAUGUUUUUUCCUUUGUGUUUACAAUAGAGGUUAUGUUUAUCUAAUAAUAGUAUGUCCUAUAAUGUUCUGAAUUUAUCUUUCUCAACUAUUAAUUCACAUAGAAAUGGCAAUGUAUUUUAAAAACAUAUUCAGAUUUGCAGAAAGUUUGUAUAUAGUGGAAGUGUCUUCUGUGAUCAUCUCCUGCAUUUUCAUCUUGGGUUAAUUCAUUAUGCUAGUAACAAGUGAUGGGAAGCUAUAGUAAAUUAGCUAUAUUCCGUAUGCUUCAGAAAUCUUAAAACAUUCUGAAUGUGAAGAGGUAAAAGAAACACUCUAGCCAGAAGAAUUGCAUCUGUCUGCACUGGAGAUGGGGAGAACUAGUAGUGAAGUGAAUAAAUGAAGGUUAGGGGACAGAUUUGUCUCUGUGUACAACACUUGUGUCACAUAAUUAAAGCUGCACAUGGAGGAAGUGCAGUUCUCAAACCCUGGAGAUUUAUGCAAUGAAAAUUCACUGAUAUUUGGACUUUGGGGACCUUAUCUAAAACUUUUAACAGGUUCAUAGGCUUGCAUAGUCAUUUUUUUUUUUAAUUUGAAAAUAAAUGUAAUGCCUUAUCCAUUUAUAGAAAUAAUUUUUUUUUUUUAAAUUGCCAGUUCAUAAGAAAACACUCAAUACUGUACACAUAAGGUUACAUUACUGGUAAAGAUAUAGGCUGAAAAUUAGCCAAUUCCCCAAGAUAUUUGUACAGAUCUUUUCCUUUUUGAAACAGAGUAACUUCUGCAGUUUGCACUGAGAUGGAAAUGAGCAUCUGCCCCAAACAGAAUUCGUGUGCCACAAAAGCUAAGAACUACAGCACAGUAAUGACAAGAAUGUAAAAAUAAGGUUUUUUUUUAUUCAAAUAACUUUGACCUGGAACAUUACAGCCACUUACGUUUCAAGACUUUCAACUGGUUAUCCUGGUUUGCAUUUCAAAACAAGAAAUACUUAUUCUUCAUUGAAUUUAUCAAAUAUACUGAAGUUCUGUUAUAUAGUGGAGAGUAGAAGGGGAAUAAGUUCUAUCUCGCAGUUCAAAGACAAUGAAACUGUAUGUGACAUUGUAAGAAGUCUACUUGUGACACAUUGCUCACUAUAGAAAAGCAGGACGAAAGAGAGUUGACUGAAGGUAUAAAACAGGCUGUGUUUUUACUCAGAAAUGCUGAGAAAUCCAGAAGUUAAAAUAAAGAAA